AUGUCGGACCCUGUUGUAGACAUAUUCGACCUUUCCCACCCAGUUUCGUGGAAAGAUUUGGUGAACACUUACGAAGAGAUUAAUGCACCGCAUAAUAAGCAAUGGCAAAUCUGCUACAACUGCGGUUUCCCCGAAAUGGGAACUGCCAUCCACUAUCAAUACUACGGCUGGAAUGCCUUGAAGCCAGCAGCCAUACCAAUUAAUAACUUGCUGACCAGGCUCAGAGUCCUAGACUUAAGCUACAUCACGAAGAGCGAUCCAAAUGUCGUGCUCACUCUCGACGAGGCUCGCCGCUUUCUCACUGUGGAACAGGGACCGUUCCGGCCCACGAUUCUGUUGUUCAAGUUCGGAUGGCCGGAUAACCCGUCAUAUGGUCUCAAUUACAAAUGUUACUGCCAGAUGCCUGGAAUCAGCUUCGAGCUAGCGGCGUGGAUAGCCGUCAAUCUGAGCCACGUGGUGGGUGUGGCCACGGACGCGCCCAGUCUGGAGUCCGAGGAGACACGGAACACCACGGGUAAAACUGUGUCGGCUCUGUUUGGCAAGAGUGGAGUUUACAUGAUUGAAAAUGUGGAUGCGAGGAGGAAUCUACCAGGCGAGGGAUGCAUGGCGUUGGUUACGCCCACGAAACUGAUAGACGGGAAUUUCGUGCCAGCCCGCUUUACUGCUUUCUGCCCGCGGCACCACAGAAAUAAUGUGGAAAUAGUCAUGUCUCACCGACGAGUAAGAUACUAA